UAGAGUCCUCAAUAUAUCACUUUAUUUUAGCCGAUCUUCCACAGGUGAACCGGUUGCGUUCAAAGUCGAUGGAGAACGUUUUGAGGGAGGAUCGAAGACGUUGAAGUUCUCCACAAAUGCCAAGUACAAAAUAACGCUAAGCAGUAAACCGCCUGCUGAAUUCCACCAUAUGCACCUCGCGGGUUGUGAUUUACAACUGCACACAGAUGAUCCGAAAAGCGGUCAAUACUCUACCGAAUGGAACACGACCGGUAUCGAUGUGUGCAAAAAAGGAGCUAGGAACAAUAUUGGAUUGAUAUUACAGGUUUCUUGA